GAGAGAAAGAGAUGUGGAGAUUUAGGAGAGGUUGAUUGAGAGAUUCAACUGUAUUUAGACAUCAAGUAAAGGCAAGGGGAGGAGCUUUUAAGUAGGGGAUGGAGAAAGAUGGGUAGGAGUUAAAGGCUUCUGAGGAAAUAGUGAAGGAGCUUGAUUGAACAAGAGGGUUGUUUAUAAUCCUUCUUGCCUUUCUUUCUUGCUUUCUUUCCUAUUUCUGUUGGACGCCAAUCGGUAAUUCCUUUGCUUCAUCUUUCUAUAAUAAUUUGUGUGUUAAAUUCUUUCUCUUCUUCUUCUUCCUAUAUUCUGGGCUGUUUCUGUCUUAUUAUAUAUAGCGGUCCGAAGUCCAAGACUCUGAGUGCUGAUUUCAAAGAAGAAGGUGACGGAGGUGAGGAAACCAAGACCAAGAAGAGAGUCGGAACAGCCAUUUCAUUUGAUUCCUGGGAAAAUGGCUGCCUCAUUGUCAACGUGGCCAUGGGAGAACUUUGGCAUCUACAAGUAUCUGUUGUAUGGACCUCUUGUAGCAAAAGUGCUCUAUUCCUACUUGUAUGAGGACAUCCAAAAGGAUAUGUGGUGCCUUCAUAUUCUACUCAUCUGUACUCUCAGAGCUGCCAUGUUUCAGUUAUGGUGCUCAGUUUGUAAUAUGUAUUUCCUAACCAAAAAUCGCCGGAUUGUCCAACAAUGUCCAGAUUUCAAUCAAAUAGACAGAGAGUGGAACUGGGAAAACUUCUUAAUCCUGCAUGCUUGGAUUGCUUUCAUGGCCUGUUACAUGUUUCCAUCUCUUACAGAAAUUCCUACCUGGAACUCAAAAGGGUUAAUCUAUGCCGUGAUACUCCAUGUGUUGGUUUCAGAGCCUCUAUACUAUUGGAUACACAGACAAUUCCACAGUGACUAUCUCUUUACUCAUUAUCAUUCACUUCACCAUUCCAUUAAAGCGCCAACUGCCUAUACUGCCGGGUAUGCAACCCCUCUGGAGCAUCUUGUAUUGAAUGUGAUCAUGGGGAUUCCUGUACUGGGAGCAUCUCUUAUGGGAGCUGGAUCAAUAUCAUUGAUCUAUGGCUAUGUUUUGAUCUUUGAUGCCUUGAGAUGCAUGGGACUUUGUAAUGUAGAAGUCAUCCCACACCAGAUAUUUCGGCUCUUCCCAUUCCUUAAGUACCUAAUUUACACAGCAACAUACCACAGCCUGCACCGCGCUGAGAUGAACACCAACUUCUGCCUCUUCAUGCCCAUCUACGACGCUCUGGGAAGAACACUAAAUACCAAGUCAUGGGAGCUUCACAAGAAGAUCAGCACAGGCCUGAACUGGAAAGUGCCGGACUUCGUCUUCCUCUGCCAUGUCGUCGACAUAACGUCGUCGAUGCAUGCGCCGUUCCUGUACCGGUCACUGACGUCGAUGCCGUUCAAGAUGAUGCUGGCCUAUUUGCCGUAUUGGCCGAUUGCUUUUAUGGUGAUGUUAGCGAUGUGGAUCAAAUCCAGGCCUUUCAUCGUCUCGUUCUACAGUCUGAAGGGUUUUCUUCAGAAUACAUGGUCGGUUCCUAGAUAUGGGUUUCAGUAUUUCAUACCUUUCGCUCUGGAUGGCAUUAACAGACAAAUUGAGCAUGCCAUUCUCGACGCCGACCGAUUGGGCGUUAAAGUCAUCAGCCUUGCUGCACUGAACAAGAACGAAGCUCUGAAUGGAGGUGGCACACUGUUUGUUGAGAAACAUCCCAACCUUCGAGUACGAGUAGUCCAUGGGAACACCCUCACUGCCGCUGUAAUUCUUAAUGAGAUUGGAAAGGAUGUGAAGGAGGUGUUUCUAACCGGGGCGACUUCUAAGCUCGGGAGAGCCAUUGCUCUCUACCUCUGCCGAAAGGGUGUUCGUGUCCUUAUGCUGACCCAAGCCACGGAAAGAUUCCAGAAAAUUCAAAAGGAAGCCCCAUUGGAAUGCCAAAACUUCUUGGUUCAAGUGACAAAGCACCAAGCAGGUCAAAACUGCAAGGCAUGGAUCGUUGGGAAGUGGCUCACACCAAGAGAACAAAGAUGGGCUCCACCCGGGACCCAUUUCCAUCAAUUUGUGGUCCCACCCAUUUUCCAGUUCAGAAGAGACUGCACCUAUGGUGAUCUUGCGGCCAUGAGACUGCCUAAAGACGUGGAGGGUUUGGGUUGUUGUGAGUACACGAUGGAUAGAGGAGUUGUUCAUGCAUGCCAUGCGGGUGGAUUGGUUCAUUGUCUAGAGGGCUGGACCCACCAUGAAGUUGGAGCCAUUGACGUUGAUAAGAUCGAUAUGGUGUGGAAUGCUGCACUUAAACAUGGACUUACUCCAGUCUAGGCUGCACUUCUCUGUCUCUUGUCUCUCUAUUUGUUUUCAUUGUGUCCAUGCAAAUUAAAAGACCAUCUUGUAUUCCUUUUCAGUGUAUGCGUGUUUCUUUUCAUAGAAACGACCAUGCUAUUACUGUAAAGUCAUAAAUUUGCAGCAAGAUGUUCUUAUAGGACUACAAAUUGUUUGCAAAUUUAACGGGAAUGCACUGCUUUUUUCUUCUAUUAGUUAUUUACAUUUAAGUUUCAGAUGUGUGCACACUCAGAAGCAGUGUUAGUUCAAAUGGACUUAUGUUCUCUAUAUUGGGCUGAUUUAAAACCAGGAAUAAAACCUGUCUAUA